AUGAGGCUUUCUUUGACUAAUGUUGUGCAAAUAACUCAACGAAAUCUAAACAGUUUUCGUCGGCACUUUUCGAUCGGUAGAAAAACAUAUCAACGACAAGAAACAAUUCCGAACGUCUUCGAUCGACAAGCGAAAUUCAAACAACGUGAACGCACCUGUCUUGAUCCUGAGCAUCAAGUCUAUUCAUAUGUACAUGAACGUGUUGCGCAAAGCCUUGUCGAUCGAAUAUUCGAUAUAAAACGAACAUUUCAUUCCGUACUUGAUCUUGGCUGUGGACGUGGCCUGUGCGCGAGUGAAUUAACUCAAGAUGUUAUUAAACGCUUGACAAUGAUCGAUAAUUCGGCACGUAUGCUUGAUCAGAUCCGCCCACCCGUUGAAGAAAACGGACACGAUGGAAUGGAGAUUGUGAAACGGCAGUUCGACGACGAACAAUUCAGUGGAGAUGAAAAUUCGUAUGAUUUAGUUUAUAGUUGUUUAAAUCUUCAUUGGAUUAAUGAUCUUCCUGGUGUUUUUCGUCGAGUGUUACAUAUGUUAAAGAAAGAUGCACCAUUCAUUGGUGCCAUGUAUGCUUCCGAUACUUUGUAUGAACUUCGUGUUGCAUUACAAUUAGCAGAAACUGAACGUGAAGGAGGUUUCUCGCCUCAUGUUUCACCAUUUGUUGAACCACCUGAUAUCGGCAGUCUUCUUCAGCGUACCGGUUACAACAUCGUCACACUAGAUCUGGAUGAAAUUCAUAUUGAUUAUCCUUCAAUGUUCGAAUUAAUGUUUGAUCUCAAAGGCAUGGGUGAAAAUAAUUGUAGUUGGAAUCGGCGUUUAACGCUGAAACGUGAAACUCUUCUAGCCGCUCAAGCCAUCUAUCAAAAUAUGUACGGUAACCAAGAUGGAUCCAUCCCUGCUACAUAUCGUAUACUUUAUUUUAUUGGUUGGAAGCCAGAUCCUAGUCAAAAAAGUCCGGCAAAACGUGGCUCAGCGAAUGUCUCUUUCAAGGAUAUUGAUAAAGUUUUAUCGGUGACAAAAUCAAACUGA